CCUCACUGUCCCAAACUAAAUCAACCAAUCAUCUUUCCCGAUUUCCUCCCUUUAAUGACGCGUUACUCUCCCGUUCUCUUCCUUUUCAGUAAAUACUGGACCUGGCCGCAUCGAAUCACAAGGCGUUGGUUAACCACUUGAAUGGUCGUACCCCGGGGUCGUCCCAUUUUGUCAGUUGGCCAAACACAUUUGAAAUGGUAAAACGUCUAAAACGACGACAAUUUAAGACAAAAAACGACGACGGCAGCCACUGGAACGAUAGGGAAAACCGAAGCUUCUCCCUUCUUUGUUUCUUUGAUUGAUUCCUACGGGUUAUCUUCCUUAUCUUCCUCUGCAGUACGUUACUGUUUCUUUCUUCAUCAAUUGGGACACGAUGAUGGGCGAUAGUAUGUUGAACCAUAUAUUGAGUGAAUACUACAUCCCAAAUUAUAUACUUGUUCCUGAAUCAGAAGCAAAGAAACCACCGUGUGUACCUUCUUGUCCAGUCUUAGUCUUUAUCAACUCCAAAAGUGGUGGACAGCUUGGAGGGAAUCUUCUUUCUACAUAUCGUUCUGUUCUUAACCCCAACCAGGUUUUUGAUUUGGGAGAGAGGAAACCUGAUAAGGUGCUACACCAAAUUUAUGCCACUUUGGGAUCACUUAAGCAGCGUGGAGAUGAUUUUGCUUCAGCUAUUGAGAAUAGCUUGAGAAUAAUCGUUGCAGGUGGCGAUGGCACAGCUGGCUGGCUUCUUGGUGUAAUAUCCGAUCUUAAACUGCCUCAUCCACCUCCAGUUGCUACAGUGCCUCUGGGAACUGGAAACAACCUGCCUUUUUCUUUUGGUUGGGGAAAGAAAAAUCCCGGCACAGACAGACAGUCCGUAUUCUCAUUCUUGGAACAAGUGAAGAAUGCAACCGAAAUGAAAAUAGAUAGCUGGCAUAUUAUCAUGCGAAUGAGGGCCCCGAAGGAAGGUUCUUGUGAUCCCAUUGGGCCUCUUGAAUUACCCCAUUCUUUGCAUGCAUUUCAUCGCAUCUCUCAAACAGACAAACUGGGUAUGGAUGGUUAUCACACAUUUCGUGGAGGAUUUUGGAACUACUUCAGCAUGGGGAUGGAUGCUCAAGUAUCAUAUGCAUUUCACUCUGAGAGGAAAUUGCACCCAGAAAAAUUCAGAAAUCAGUUAAUUAAUCAGGGUACUUACAUAAAGCUUGGAUGUACUCAAGGAUGGAUGUUUGGUUCUCUUUUUCGUCCAUCUCCAACGAACAUAGCUCAAAUAGCAAAGGUUAAGGUUAUGAGGAAACAAGGCCAAUGGGAAGACCUCAAAAUACCUAGAAGCAUUGGAUCUAUCGUCUGCCUCAACUUGCCUAGUUUCUCCGGUGGAUUCAAUCCUUGGGGAACACCGUAUAGGAAGAAAUUUCUUGAUAGAGGCUUGACUCCUCCUUUUGUAGAUGAUGGCCUAAUUGAGAUAGUCGGAUUUAGAAAUGUCCUGCAUGGUCUUGUUUUGCUUGCUCCAAAUGGACAUGGGACUCGUUUAGCACAGGCCAAUGCAGUCCGAUUUGAGUUUAAAAAGGGUGCAGCCAAUCACACAUUUAUGAGGAUAGACGGAGAACCAUGGAAACAACCUCUCCCAGCAGACGAUGAGACAGUUGUUGUGGAAAUAUCACACUUUGGUCAAGUAAGCAUGCUUGCUACCCCAUUAUGCCGCUCCCGAAGCAUGCACGAUCCCUCUUCGCCGACUGCUUGCUACAACGAGGAUAACAAUAGUAGCGACGAAGGAGACUCUCCUGAUGAUUUGGAAGAAAAACGGAAGUUCGGCGCAGCUGACAGUUUUAAAUUCCCAGAUGAAUUUGAUAUAUCUUACCUCAGUUAAGCUCCUUCCUAUAUCAAAUUCUGCCUUGUUUUUUACCUUGUUUGAUAUUAGCCAUUCUAUCCUCGAGUUGCAUCUCAAUGCUGCAAUCAUAGAUCUCUUGCCCUUAGAAUAGAUCAUCAAAGUGAUUGAUGUUUUGUUAAGGUAAUUAAAUUGCCAUAAAUUUCAAUUUUCAACUACUAAAAAGCUUGAUAGUUUUUUUGUUAAUAGUGGAGUGACUUUUAACCAAUUCUAAUGUAAAUGAAAAAACCUACUUAAGUUUGAAACUUUA